AUGCUUCAUGCUUCAGCCUGCCUUUUAAUAUCGGCAACACCACCUGUCAACGAGCCUCUUUUCCCUGCUGCACCUUCGCCGGCUGCUGCGUCGCUCGCCGUCCCGCCCUUGUCAGCGCCGCAGAGCUCUUGGUUGAUAUUUCAGCAGCUGAUUGCGCGAGCGAGUGAGGGGUCUGCGUGA